AUGAUUAUUUUAUUCUUUAUUUCUCUAAAUACUUUUGUGAACUCCUUAUCAUUGAAAUAAGUUUUAUUAGCAAUAGAUUGUGGAGGAUAAGAAUCAUUUAAUUCUAAAGAAGGAUAUCUUUAUCAAGAUGUAUUAAUUAAUUUCUAUAUGAGGAUUAAUAUUUUAGUGGGGAAUCAAGAGUAUCUGAUUACACAUAUAAUGAUGUUGUUUAUGCUGGAAUUGCAUACACUUUUACUCCAAGAGUUUAUUUUACUGAAAGACAUGGUAAUUCAUUUGAUUAUAGCAUUCCUAUAAAUAAAAAUGGACAAUAUACAAUUAUUUUGUAAUUUGUAGAAGUAAGUAAUUUAAUCCAUAAAAAGUUAUAUUUUGAAAAUGAGGGAGAUAGAUAAUUUGAUAUCUAUAUUGGAACAAAAAAAAUAUUAAAUAAUUUCUCAAUUAUUGAUAAAAAGCAUUAAAAAGGUUCUGCAAAAGAAGUGUUCAUUUAUAUUGAAAUUUAAGAUGACAAAGUUUUACAUGAAAAUGAAGAAUGCAGCAAAGGGUAUGUAUAUAAAUAUAAAUUUUAGAUUUAUUAAUGGAAAAUUAAAAAUCGGAUUUAGAAAAGGGGCUGCUGAUUUACCUAAAGUUGAUGGUAUAGUGAUUGUUAAAGGUCAUAAUGCUGGAGAGGAAGAAAGAAAUCAUUUAAUAGAUAAUUGGGAAUAAAUUUUAGAAGAAAAUAGAAAAAAAGAGGCAGAAUUAGAAAGAGCAGAAUUAGAGGCAUAAAAUAUGAUUGUACCUGAUUAAGUUGAACCAGAAGUAUGUUAUUUCUUCUUAUUUCAUCUCAGGAAGGUGAAGGGUUAUUUUCAUUCUUAUUAUCACCUAUUGGUAUAGGAAUAAUUGUUUUUGGAAUGUCUAUUUUUGGAUUGUUAAUAUUCACAGGUGAAAAUUAGGAUUAAAAAAAUAAAAAGAUUAAUAAAUCAAAAUGA